AUGAAAAACAUAGUUUCUAGAUUCUCUAUACCUUCAUGGAUCACAUCCCAUUUUCUUUCUUGUAGCUAUACAACUAAAAUCUUUCAUGCCCAAGAUAAAAUCAAUGUUUUACACACGGAGUUUCAACCAAAUGGGUUUGAUUCAACCACUUUCGAUGUUGCCUGCAACAUGUUUGAUGAAAUGUCUGAACUAACUGUUAAAUCAGCUACCAGUAUAAUAUGUGGUUUCUCCAGGCGGCAUUUUCAUGAAGAUGCUAUAUAUCUUUUUUCGAGAAUGUUUGCAUCGACGAUUCGACCAAAUGAGUUCACUUUUGGAACCGUGCUUCACUCUUCGACCCGGCUUGGAAAUGUUGUUGUUGGUAAACAGCUUCAUGGCCGUGCUAUUAAAACUGGGCUUGGUGGUAAUGUGUUUGUUGGUAGUGCACUUGUUGAUUUGUAUGUGAAGUUGAGUACUAUAGAGGAAGCACAGAUGGCUUUCGAGGAUACUCGGUAUCCUAAUGUGGUGUCAUAUACAACCGUUGAUUGGUGGUUAUUUGAAGACGGAAAAGUUUGA